GUGAGGAGGAACAGUUCAGACUGAACUCAUCGCGGGGCGGUCGGCGUCUCUCCCACCCAGACCCAGCAGCAGCACCACCCCCCCCCCCUCCGUGCGCACUCGGGCAGCAGGUACCGGGGGAUGCGAUGACGGACGCGGCCGUGGAGAGCAAGACGGAGCUGAAACAAGCCACCAAAUAUGUCAAGGAGACCGAGAACGUGGCGGAGAAGUACUCCGCCUUGACCGUGAGCAAGAACAGCAGCGACGUGAACAUGAACGUCGGGGAAAUGCCGUCGGCGGCGUUCACCGCAGUCCCCACGCUCAAAUCCGUCAAGAAGAUUCAGUUCGCCAACGCAGAAGACAAGCAGGAGUUCACCAAGUAUCCCACCAAAGCAGGCCGGCGCUCGCUGUCCCGCUCCAUCUCGCAGUCCUCCACAGACAGCUACAGCUCAGCUGCGUCGUACACCGACAGCUCCGACGAUGAAACCUCCCCCCGGGACAAAGCGCAGGUCAACACCCACGGCAGCAGCGACUUCUGCGUGAAGAACAUCAAACAGGCCGAAUUCGGCCGCAGAGAAAUUGAAAUUGCAGAGCAAGACAUGUCUGCCUUGAUCUCCCUGAGGAAGAGAGCCCAGGGGGAGAAGCCUCUGGCUGGGGCCAAGAUCGUCGGCUGCACCCACAUCACUGCCCAGACCGCAGUCCUGAUUGAGACGCUGGUCGCUCUCGGUGCUCAGUGUCGCUGGACUGCCUGUAACAUCUACUCCACUCAGAACGAGGUGGCUGCUGCUCUCGCCGAGACGGGGGUUCCUGUGUUUGCGUGGAAGGGCGAAUCGGAGGAUGACUUCUGGUGGUGCAUUGAUCGCUGUGUCAACACCGAGGGCUGGCAGGCCAACAUGAUCCUGGACGAUGGCGGGGAUUUAACUCACUGGGUGUACAAAAAGUACCCGAGUGUGUUUAAGAAGGUGCGCGGCAUCGUGGAGGAGAGCGUCACCGGGGUUCACAGGUUGUACCAGCUGUCGAAAGCUGGAAAACUCUGCGUCCCGGCCAUGAACGUCAACGACUCGGUUACCAAACAGAAGUUCGACAACCUCUACUGCUGCCGCGAAUCUAUCCUGGACGGCUUGAAGAGAACCACAGAUAUAAUGUUUGGAGGCAAACAAGUAGUUGUGUGUGGUUACGGAGAGGUGGGAAAAGGCUGCUGCACUGCUCUGAAAGCCCUCGGAGCGAUUGUGUGCAUCACAGAGAUUGACCCCAUCUGUGCCCUGCAGGCAUGCAUGGACGGGUUCCGAGUGGUUAAGCUGAGCGAGGUCAUCCGGCAGAUGGACGUGGUGAUAACGUGCACCGGCAACAAGAACGUCGUGACCAGAGAGCAGCUCGACCGCAUGAAGAACGGCUGCAUCGUCUGCAAUAUGGGACACUCCAACACUGAGAUCGAUGUGGCCAGCCUCCGCAGCCCCGAGCUGACCUGGGAGAGGGUCCGGUCUCAGGUGGACCACAUCAUCUGGCCUGAUGGGAAGAGGGUGGUCCUGCUGGCAGAGGGUCGUCUCUUGAAUCUGAGCUGCUCCACUGUGCCUACAUUCGUGCUGUCGAUCACUGCUACAACUCAGGCUCUGGCUCUGAUUGAGCUGUUUAAUGCUCCUGAAGGACGUUACAAACAGGAUGUGUAUCUCCUGCCCAAGAAAAUGGAUGAGUAUGUGGCCAGUUUGCACCUCCCAAACUUCGACGCCCACCUGACCGAGCUGUCUGACGAGCAGGCCAAGUACAUGGGCCUCAACAAGAACGGCCCCUUCAAACCAAAUUACUACAGGUAUUAAUGAGAACGGCUUGUCCCCGUCACACAGUUACCCCGGAAUAAACAGAGAUAUCUAUUUUAUUUUCUGCUAAAGAUGGAGGACUUAUUUUACUUAUGCUGAAUGUAACUUAUUAAAUUGACCUUUAUAGUAGUGUUACAUCUGAGAGAAAGACUUGUAGAAAGCAUAAAAUGUAUCACCAACUAACAUUUGACCUGUCUUGCUGUGUUUUAUGAGAAAACUGCUCGCAUGCUUCAAUGUGUUCGUCGGCACUACCAAUCAUUAACUCACAGCUAUCGUUUUUGUUUGUUUACCGUAUUAAUGCACAGUGCCAAAUGACCGCUGGAAGAAAGACAAAGAGAGAGGAGAUAUUGAUGUUUUGUCUGUCAGGCACAUUUCAUGAGUGCAUUCCCUGAGCCAAAACAAACUCUGUGUUACAACCUGCAGUCUUUUUAGAAUGUUUGUUUUGUAUUAAUUCACUGAAUUUUCCUGUCACGACUCAUGACGCACUUUCAACUUCCGUUCAGCGCAAAAAACUGACAAAGAUGUUUUGUCUCAGCAUGAAGUUCAAGAAACUCUUCCUCCAAAUACAAACUAUCCAAAGUGUUGGAAUGAAAAGUCUCUACAGAUUUUAGAGAUCAUAGCUUUCAGUCAAGUUUUCCAUUUGUGUCUCUGAAGAGGUUUUGAUUGGAUAAUGCCUUCAGGCUAAAUGGCAUGGGUGUGCCUUUCACAUCAUUCACUGGUAAAUUCCAGCACUUAUUAAAAACCUUUUUUUUUUGUGAGACAAAAACAUUUAUGACAGGAAUAUUAAAUGUCUUAAUUCCAUUGCUUCUGCUGGUAAUCUGAUCUCUAAUGUAAGAGCUGUAUGUUGAACAUAAUAUUAGACUCGAUGUCUGGCACAUGAUUGUUGCUGUAUUAUCUGACUUUGUUGGGCCAACUAUGAUAAUAAUGUAUGUGAUCAACACGUCCUACAUGUAUACUAUGUAUUAAAUGAAUGCAUCAAAUUAGCAAUAAAGCAAAAGUUUUUAACAGGAAAG